GAAUAAAUUAAAUUACGAUUAUUGCGUCAUGUUUAGCAUCCUGCCGGGAACGCCUUGAUGCUUCAUAAUCUCAGCAACUUUUGAGCAGUAAUUAGUUUUCAUCUGUUCAGAGAGAAUGCAAGACAAUAUGGAAGAAUACUACUUUGAAAACAAAUCAUAUUUCAACGAAUUUUUCACGCAACUACAUACGUUUCGUACAAAUGGUGUGUUUUGCGAUGUGAUUUUAGUUAGUUCCGAUGGAGUCGAAUUUCCCGUUCAUCGGGUUGUCUUAGGUGCAGGUAGCAUGUAUUUUAACGUGUUGUUUAAUAUAAACAUGGCUGAAAAACAACAAACAAAAGUGCAUAUAAAAACUGUUCCCUCAACUGCGCUGGCCGAAGUAUUGGAUUACCUAUACACUGGAUCUCUUCGCGUUACCAAAAAUUCUGUUGCUGAACUAAUUUUUACCUCCUCGCUGUUCCUACUACUCGAUCUAACCGAAUACUGCUGGGAAGUGUUUGUGAAAACUUUGGACGUAAAGAAUUGCAUCGCUCGUAAGAUCCUUGCUGACAGCGUAAGCUCUGGCUCGAUUGCGAGAACUGUUACUAAUUUCGUUCUUGAGAAGUUUGCUUUUUUGGAUUCCGAAACGUUGACAUCGUGUCCCGCUUAUGUGUUGCGAAUGGUGCUUGCAUCUGAAGAUUUAGUAGUAAGCAGUGAACUCGAGGUAUUAAGAUGUCUUCUGAAAUGGCUCAACGGUCAACACUUUCUGAAUAGUAUCCACGAGAAAGACUUUCAAGUAGUUAACCUCUGGCUCUGUGAAGAGCUGCUAAAAUUAGUUCGUUUCAAGUUUAUUUCAUCGAGCGAAGACGAAUUCGUCGCAUUGCUUCAAAGCUAUGGUCUGUCCAAACAUCAUUGGUUCCAGAAUACGAUUUUGGAAAAGUUUAAAACCAAUUCCGGGUGUAGUGAAGCGAGGCUUUCUUAUAGAAAUGUUGAAGUAAUCAUCGCUGUUGGUGGACAAGGGGAAAGUUCGAUUCUGAAUGAAGUCUCUGCUUAUAUUCCUGACCGGGAUCAUUGGUUUGAAAUUACUCCUAUGCAAUAUCCGCGUCGAAGUUUUAGUCUGGUUACAACUGAAAAUACUCUGUAUGCGAUUGGUGGGACAAUGGAGAAAGUUGCAGACACACCUGUCUCUUGGAUUGAACGUUACGAUGCACACAAAGACACCUGGGAAGACGUCCACGUGACGUCAUUAAGUGAACUGGAACGAGACAAUGCUGCGAUUGUUGGUUUAAACGGCCACAUCGUUAUUUCUGGCGGGUUUUCUUUUACUUCUUGUUCGGUAACAUCAUCAGUGAUCAUGCUAAAUCCAUGCAACGGUGAAUCACGAGAAUUAUCAUCGUUACAUAUUGCUCGUGAAGGUCAUGCGACCGUUGUCGAUGACGUCAGCAUAUACGUCAUUGGCGGUAAGAACGAGUCUGGCUGCUUGGCCUCAGUCGAGAGAUUUAAUAAUUCUACAGAAACUUGGGAAGUGCUGGCAUCUAUGAAUAACAAUCGGGCACACUUCUGCGCGAUUUGGCACAAGAACAACAUAUAUGCCUUCGGUGGCCAUGACGGAGAAAAUGUUCUGAAUUCUGUUGAAGUUUACAAUCCGAACAGCAAUCAAUGGCAGCUGUUGCCUGAAGGUAUGAGCACGCCAAGAAUGAAAUUCGCUCUCAGUCUUUGUGGUGAUGAAGCAUUUGUGAUUGGCGGAAUGGUUGGGUCACGAGGUCCAAUGACAUCUGACGUGGAGAAAUAUAGUUUUGUAAAAUCAACAUGGAGUAGUGUUAGGUCGAUGGACAAAAAAAGGAUGGAAUUCAGUUGUGCAACGCUAUCUUUAUGUAACAACGCUUUGCCCAGCUUCAUUGAGGAGUGAGGUUUUGGAAUCUGUCUGUGGUUUUGAAAACCGUCACAGCAUAAAGUCUUGGUGUGGGUAUUGAUGGUGAAGACGGAAAACUGAAUUCAAAGGAGACUGGGAACCAGGUUGAUAAAGCAUCAGAUGAUUUCUUCUUUGAGAAAUUUAAGAAUCGAACACAAGAUUCUUCGAGGUAUCAGUACCUGCCACAUACAAUGUGCCUACAUAUUUAUUAUAAGGUGUAAAUCCAUAUAUAUGCCAUGUGCAUGUAGAUCUCAGUGAAUAUUUUAGAAAAAGUCAAAAAUUUUAAAACUUAUUGAUGGUUGAAACAU